AUGGCUGCGCUCUCGGUUUCAGCCGAUAUAAGUCGGGCUGGAUCUAGCCAGAGUAUUUCUCGCUCCGGGUCAGAUACCCUGACACUGGACCCGGUGAUGUGCGAAACUAUGUUCGAUCCUAUGUACUCCCUCGCCCCGGUCUCGUCGUCCGUAUCUGCAGCUGGGAUGGUUCAAAAUGUCCCGUUAAUUAGCCCGCUGGAGGGUACUAAUCCGUUUGAUUUCCCACUGGAUCCAGCGCUGACACUGGAUGACGGAGGUUUGGAAUAUCUGGAUGAUAUGGAUUUGACCGAGGGAUUGACAGACGAGGUUUUCCAUGUGGAGGAUUGGUCCAGGUAUAUGUGGUCGCCAGAGACUGGAUUCGAGCAUUUGGACACAGGCUAUCCUGCUGUGACCCAAUAA